AUGCAACCAGUUUUCGAACAGGAGCACGCGAAAGCGAUUGCUGCAUGCGCAUAUAAAAUAGCGCAAGCAUCCAUUUUACUUCAAUCAUCACCUAUGGGUAUUGGCUAUCUGAACGCUCAAGAGUUGGGCACAGGUGAUCAUGUGUUUGCCAUACCUGUACCGCAUACGGGUUACUAUUAUGGUCAUAUAUGUAUUGUGUUCAAACAUGAUCUCAUGUUACAUCCAGAUUAG